AUUCGCUUUCUUUGUGGUCGCAGGCUCAUGGAAUCGCUCUUCGGCAUCGUUGGCAAGGACUUCGUCAUCCUCGCGGCUGACUGCAAGGUCGCCCGCUCGAUCCUCGUGUACAAGGACGACGAGGACAAGAUGCAAACGCUCGAUUCGCACAAGAUCAUUGCGGGCGCCGGCCCCCAAGCCGACCGCGUCGAGUUCUGCGAGUAUGUGCAGAAGAACAUGAAGUUAUACCAGCUCACACACGGCGUGACGCUGAACGGCCAUGCGACGGCCAACUAUGUGCGCGGCGAGCUCGCGCGCCGCCUCCGCAAGGCGCCGUGCCAGUUGAACGCGCUCCUUGGCGCCUGCGAUGUCGAGACGCUCGACGGCGAGAAGAAGAUCAACCCGAGCCUCUACUGGCUCGACUACCUCGGCGCGCUCGCCAAGGUCAACUAUGGCGCGCAGGGCUACGGCGCACACUUUUGCCUCUCCAUCAUGGACCGCGAGUGGCACGAGAAUCUGACGCUGCCCGAGGCGCUCAAGAUCUUGAAGCACUGCGACAACGAACUCAACGAGCGCUUCUUGGUGCGCUCGGGCGAGUGGCUCUACAAGGUCAUUGACGAGAACGGGAUCCGCGACGUGACCUUGUAA